AUGCUAACUGAAAGAAACAAAUCCACUAAUCGUAAGGAACAAGAAAAGCAAACCUACAAGAAUGGUAUUUGCUAUCGUGAGUUAGUCACCGGAAAACCUCCUGAAAUAGUUGUUCACAACCUCGACCUUUCUUUUGGUAAAAAAACCUUAUUUACGGACCUUGACUUUGCAGUAUCGUAUGGAGAUAAGGUGACCAUUGUUGGCGAGAAUGGGAGCGGAAAGACGACGUUUCUCAAGCUAUUAUCGGACGCCGAGGAUUAUCCAUAUUCCGGGUCGAUUGAAAUCGAAGGUAGAAUAGGUUUUUUGCCUCAACACUUCGAAGAAGUUGACGGGGACUUAUUGGCUAUCGAAGUGUUGCUGGCAUCAUUACAUGAUGAUGAGAUUAAUGAAUUCUUGAAAUUACCUUCGGAACCAUUAUCAUCUAACUGGCUUCAGGAGCUUAACUUUUUAGGAGGGCAUGAAAUUUUCAAGCAGUGUUCUCUCAUUGGACUUGGAGAUGAGAUUUUAAAACUUCCUUUCAAAUUACUUAGUGGUGGUGAGAAAACGAAAACCCUUCUCUGUGCACUGAGCAUUUUGGAUCCUGAAUUCAUUUUACUUGACGAACCAACAAAUCACUUGGACAGUAACGGAAUUAAAUGGUUAGAGUCCUUUUUGCAUAAGUACUCGGGGGGUGUAGUGAUUGUUACUCAUGAUCGUAGUUUGAUUAAUGCAGUUUCAAACUUUAUCUCAGAGUUGUCACCUCACACCAAGAAGUUUACACAUUUUAGAGGAGGCUACAAGCACUACUUGGAGGAAGAGAAUAAGAGACGACAUGCAUUGAUUGAGGAAAGACGUUUCCAGGACAAGGAGCUCAAGAAACUAAAGUCUAAAGCUCUAAAAGCACAAUCUAAAGUUAAGGCACGAAUCAUGAGGUCAGGUUCAGAUAGAGAUAAAAUAAGUUACAAUAAUAGGGAACAAAGAGCUCAAAAAAGUACUACAGGUCUUGUUAAUCAGCUCACUGAUAAGGUUGAAAACCUUAAUGAUAAUUUAGUGGAUGUUAUUCCUGAAAGGUCACGGAUAUGCCUCGAUUUCGAUGAACUUCCUGCGUUUAGCUCUCUUUUGGGGAUAGCCGUGAAUGAAGUAUCAAAAUCGUACGGAAAGCAGGUUUUCGGUAACGUAUCUUUUUCCUUGGCGAAAGGUGAGAGACUUAUUAUCCAGGGACCUAAUGGCUGUGGUAAAACCACUUUAAAUAGAAUAAUUAUGGGUCUCACUAAGCCAGAUCAUGGAUCAGUUUCUAUCAGCGGUAACGCAGUGGUCGGAUACUUGGAUCAGGAGCAAGAAAACCUUCCCAUGGAAAAAUCUCCAAUAGAGUUACUAGAAAAAGAAAUCAAAAUCAAUGCUUCCAAACAGGCGGCAAUUCGCAAUUUACGCGAUUUUGGGAUUUAUAAAUGGCACGACUUAAAAAGUCCUCUUGAAAACUUGAGUGUCGGAUGCCGUCGUAAAACACAGCUUUGUCAAAUUAUUAUGAGGAAAUGCUCCGUAUUAAUCUUAGAUGAGCCCACCAAUCACAUCGAUUUUCCAAGUCUAGAAGCUAUUGAAGAUGCUUUACUUACAUUUCCGGGUAUUAUUAUUGCCACCACACAUGACAGAUACUUUACAGAAAAGGUGGCAACAAGGGUGAUAGACUUGUCAAAAUAUAGGAAAGGCUAA